UGGUGACUCAAUCAAUUGACAGAAGUUUGAGAUGUUUGGAAAACCAUUUUUUUUUUUUAAGAAAUAGGAGUGUUGAAGAAUCUGUUACAUUUUGUUCCUCAGAAUGUGAUGUUUAAUCGCCACAUAAUGCAAGUCACCUACUCAGAAAAAUGAAUCAACCUCUGAUUCAAUCUCAAUUAAAACUUCCAACCAAUAGCUACUUGUUUUGUAAGCUUUGACAAUAUGGCAAAGUAGUUACUACUUGGCUCAAAUGAAUGUACGGGUGGAGGUAGCAGGUUUUCCGUUGCCUCCUGGGACUCAUUAUUACUCCUCACAGGAAUUGCCUUCUAUGGCCUAAAGUUACAUUGUUAUGGGUGAACAAAGCCCUAAUGCUAAGCACAGGUCUCAUCCUGUUGCUAUGCAUUCUCAGGAAAUGUUAUAGGAAUAUAUGAAUGCAUUUGACGUGCCUUUUUAACCAGGAUGGUAUUUUGGCCUACAUUAUCAUUAAUUAUAAUUGUUUGGGUCAUUCGGUAUGUAUAAAUGUUUCCUAUGGAAUUUUGUUCAGCUCUCUUUUGUUACAUUCGGGACAGUUUUGCCUAGUCCUUAGUGUAAUUUGGUCAACAUUCCAGUAGAUGUCGGUAUGAAGAAAGCCAAACAGGGCUUUCACUAGCUUUAUUGCUUUGGUUAAUCCUUCACCUGUUACUGUGGUUAUGGAUUGCAUUUCAAGAUCACCAAUUUAACUUUCUCUGUAAAGCAGUUUGUGAACCAAAGUGAAAUGAGUGAAAAGUAAUCAGAUAAAACCUCAACAAGAGAUCAAACCAUUUUUAAAACUCAUUUGAAAAUGUGCUCUGGUUAAAUGGACGGAAUUUGUGUAUAUCGGGAAUAACGAACAUUCUAGGCCUUAGCUAGUUCUACUGUAUUUCCAGCUUAGCUAGGUUCCCUUGAUCUCCUUAGGGAGAAUUAGAGAAAUGCUUAGAUACAAGAAUGUGUUGACUCAGCCAUAAGUUGAAAAGAAACAAUGAUAAUCUUGGUGUUGGUGUAAACCAUUACAUAUGAUUUCUCAAUGAAAAAUGUCCUGAAAUGUGCCUAUUGAGGGAACUGUGGAUGAAAUAUCAACUCAGGUGUUGAACAAACAUGUGUCUUGGUUGGUUGACAAAAGCACACCCACCAAGGAAUGGGGCUAUAAUCCCCAGGUCCCCUCAGAGGGAUCCUUCAGUGCAAAGGACUUUGGCUUCUCUGCACUGCAGAACCUCUGACUGAACUCCCUGCUGUCUACCCAACAAUCCACUUCCGAGCGCACCAGUGUUCAAUACCCAGAUUCACAAUGUCACUUUUCAUCCAUAUAUUGGCCUGCCUGUUUGGCAUGGGCUCCUGGGUGUCUAUCAACGGACUAUGGGUAGAGCUGCCUCUCAUCGUGUCCCAGAUCCCCGAGGGUUGGUACCUGCCAUCCUACCUAUCCGUCCUCAUCCAGAUGGCCAACGUGGGGCCCCUGUUCAUCACCCUCAUGCACCGCUUCCGCCCCGGGGCGCUCAACGAGACAGUGGUCAUCUAUGUGAUCAUCUCCCUGGGCAUGGUGGCCAGCUUUCUCCUGGCCUUCUUCUGGAAGGAGACGCUGGUGGUGGCGGGUGUCCCUCGCAGUGUGGCCCUCCUCCUCCUUACCUUCUUCCUCUCCACUGUGGACUGCACCUCCUCUGUCACCUUCCUGCCCUUUAUGAUGCGUCUGAAGCCCCAGUACCUCACCACCUACUUUGUAGGGGAGGGUGUCAGUGGCCUGCUACCUGCCCUGGUAGCCCUGAUCCAGGGGGUGGGGGUGGUCCACUGUAACAACUGCACUCGGAUGAUAAAUGACACUGGCUCAGUCAGUCUUAGCUACGAACUUCAGGCUCACUACCAGCCGGCCAACUUCUCAGCUGGGGUGUUCUUCUUCUUCCUCAGUGCCAUGAUGUUGGUGUGCCUGGGAGCCUUCAUCCUUCUGAACUACCACCCUGCCGUGGCCCGGGAACGCCCUAAUGCCCACUACCCCAACGGGGUCCUGGAGAAAGGCGAGGCAGCUCAGAUGAACCCCACAGAGCAGAAGGCCAUGAUCAAACAGUCUGAUAUCAAGCCCAAAAGCUGCUUUGGGACCGGGACGUACAGCCGGAUACAGGUGCUGUACAUGUUCUUCAUCCUGGCCUGGGUCAACGGAUUGACUAACGUUGUGCUUCCCUCAGUGCAGUCCUACUCUUGUCUGCCCUAUGGAAACAGUGCCUACCACUUAUCGGCCACCAUGGCUGCGGUGUCCAACCCUCUAGCCUGCUUCAUUGCCAUGUUUUUCCCAAUAAGGUCCUUAUUGCUGUUGGGGGCUCUCACUUUGUUUGGCAGUGGGAUUGGAGCCUACAUUAUAGGCAUGGCAGUGCUGAGUCCAUGUCCUCUGCUGGUCAAUGAAACCUCAGGAACCUUCCUCAUUGUGGGCUCCUGGAUCUUCUUCAUCCUCACUUUGUCCUAUGUUAAGGUGAUCAUUGGUGUUAUCCUCCGUGAUGAGGGCCACAGUGCCCUCGUGUGGUGUGGAGCAGUGGUGCAGUUGGGGUCCUUCAUGGGUGCAGUCACCAUGUUUCCCUUGGUCAGUGUGUAUAGUUUAUUUUUAUCAGGAGACCCAUGUAAUACAAAGUGCCCUUAAAUUAUGCUAAACAACGAUGAACCAGGCAUAUUCUGAGAAACAUAUUUGAUUAAUUCUUCUAAAGCAUGUGUACUUCAUUAGUAAAAUGCAAUUGAACAACUAACUAGUGAGGUGAACAGAAUUCAACCAACUCGUGGGAGUGAAGUAAGGUAUACCCUAUAUAAGGUUCAGGGUGAUUUACGAUUUGGACAACACCCUCCAAGUAUCUUGUCAUGUGCUAUUGAUAAGCUAUCGUCAGAGCCUCUUUUCACUUUACACUAGCAGCUUGUGGAUGGUAAAAUUAGGGACUUUUGUCAGCGCAUGCAAAUAAUACCAGGCAGCGAAUAAGCACCUUUAGAGAGUAGCGCAUACCAGGUAGAUAGAAAGAACAUUCAGCUCUCCGGAAGAUAAAAGCCUAGUGUUUUUGUAGCAGACGCUGUUGAAUAAAUGGACUUGUGAUUCGCUAUGUCAACUAUUGUGGUUCCCCUAAUCUAAUGUUGACAGAUCAGUGUCUGACAGUUUGGACUUCACAAGAGUUAUGCGGAGUCUUGAAUGGACCAUUCUCACUGUGGAGAAUCUUUCAUAGGAAUUCAGUGAUUUAUGUAGCAAUUUUAACAUUUGGUCAUUCAUUAUUUGGUCAUUUAUUUGGUCAUUUGUUUACUUGGCUCCCGAGUGGCGCAGCGGUCUAAGGCACUGCAUCUCAGUGCAACAGGCAUCACUACAGUCCCAGGUUCGAAUCCAGGCUGUAUCACAUCUGGUCGUGAUUGGGAGUCCCAUAGGGCAGCGCACAAUUAGCCCAGCGUCGUCCGGGUUUGGCCGGGGUGGCAGUCAUUUGCUCGUAACUGAGUUAACUCUAAUUUGCUCAACCUUUAUUUUAAGUGCCUUGGCCAAGGGCACAUCAACAGAUUUUUCACAUUGUUAGAGUAUUCUAUUCGAACCAGCGACCUUUUGGUUAUUGGCGCAAUGCUCUAACCACUUGGCUAUACCGCUCUGUAUUGUAGUAUACUGUAAACCUAUUACAGUUAAUUAAUAUAUUGCAGUGGCUUUAAGUGUUUAGAAUGUAUUUGACAGGUGAUAGCAACAAACUUUACAUAUUCAAGCACAGUCAACUAAAAUGUUUAGGCUAUACAGAACCAUAAAAGGCCACAAAGUUCAUUAUUCAAAAAGAUAACUAAAUUCUAGCUAUAUUCUAGAUCACAAUCAAAAGUACCCUAAUUACCGCCUUUUCUCUAUUCAACUUGUUUUGAACAGGCAAACAGUUUUGCUUGAGUAAAUAGGUCAAAUAUUAUAUGCAAUACAAUGAAUUGUACAGGUUAUAGCAAGAUACUAAACGUAUUCAAGUGUAGUCAACUAAACUGUUACGGCGCCAUAAAAUGUCACAAAGUCCAUUAUUCGAAACGAAAAACCAUCUCGAUUCUUAACAUUUUCUAGUUCACAUCAAAAGGCUAGAGUAGACUGUUGCCACCUAUACUAUUAAAUGUUGUUUUUUUAACAGGCAUACCGCAUUCCUUGAGUAAACGGGUACCGUAUUGGAUGUGCUAGGCUGGCAGCAGAUAGCAUGAUCACACGCACAGGAACAACUAAACAGUUUAAAAGGUUUUCUGUAUAAGUUGACUUUAAGACCAGUAAAAUGGUUGUAACACAUGUACAACCAUAUUAGUUAUGCGGACAGGUCUAUAGGCACACUUUUUGGUUGGGUGCAUCUCAUCUUUCCCUGGCCCUCAUUUCUUUACAGCAAAUAUAAUACUCAUGUUGCACCACCACAUCACUAUAAUAAGGAAAUUCACAAUCCCACAUACAAUCCAUCCAUUCUAAUCAAUUUCUAAGAAACUCUUUGCCAGAGCAGUUGGCAAUACUAUAACCCACACAGCCACAUUGCACACCUCUGUAAACCUGUACAUUUUCAGCGAUGGGUAGAUUGUGGGGUGUGUCAAUUCAUUGAUCCCCCUAUAAGCUAAUAGCCAAACAUAAAUGCCCUAGUUCUAAAUGAGUGGGAAAAUGAGAGGAAGCCUAUGAAAGACUGACAGUAUUGCAUUGCGAGGAAAAUGGAAAGAUUUAAAUUGAGGAUGUCCAAUGUUCUCUUUGCUGUAAUGGAGAUACACAGAUGUUUUAUAAUUUACUGGAACUCCAACAAGAACGGUGACAAUUUCAACGGUUGAAAAAAGGGCUCCAUAGGCAACCUGGGUGUGGCAUUUUCCUGUGCUGAUGAUUGUCAAAUUAUUGUCAUUUGUCAGAUUAUCAAAUUGCUGGGUUACAAACUCCAAGUCUUCAGGUUAUGUUAGAAGUCUGAAAGAAUAGGUCAGCCAUCUGUCACUUUCAUUCUGUAGCUUAAGACAUUCUGUUGAGAUGAAUAAAAUACCCUGAGAACAUUAAAGGGGCCAUCUGCAGUUCAACUCAGAGGUUCAACCUAGCACUGUUUUGGUAAAUAGCUGAGGGAUGGAGCUGGAGAAAUGUAACCACUCUCAAAUGUAUUGUCAGAGCUACAGGCAAAAUGAAUCUUAUAUUUUGGGUUCUGAUAGGGAAUGAGAGUUUGAGUUAUAUUCUUUAAGAAUCAAUGGGUAUAUAACAUAAUUUAAAGUCCAAAAAUGUAUGUACCAAUCAGAUUUUUCUGCAUACACUAAUUUCUUAAAAUAUCAGAAAAUGUGAUUUACACACCAGUGUGUUUAAAAUAUAUUUGAAUCUUCCAAAAAUAAAGGUAUUAUAAGCAAUUGUAUACAUUACUUUGUAUAAUAAAAAUAGUAGUUCUUUAAUUUGUUACAUUCACUGCUAAAAUGGACUAAAUUUGACUACAAAGAUGUCCUUAAGCUCAAAUGGUGGUCCUCAAGCUUUUAACUGUGACAUGGUGGUCCUUGGAACGGAAAAGGUUGGUAACUGUUGGUCUACACAAAUUAAUAAAGUUAUG